AUGACCAACGAGCACAACCACUCCGGCUACAUUAACGGCACGCCAUGGUUCGUGUACGACUGCACCAUCGAGCUGGACGGGGACUACCGGCGCAUCGCCCUCUUCCUGCUCUACCUCCUCAUCUUCAUGGUGGGCCUGCUGGAGAACGUUCUGGUCUUGUGGGUGAACUGGAGCAGGCGCCACUCGGCCAACGGGGUUCUCUUCUGCGUCAUCAACGUGAGCCUGUCGGACCUGAUGGUGAUUGGGAUCCUGCCCUUCUUCCUCAUGGAGGUGACCAUGGACAAGGUUUGGCUGUGGGGCCGCUUCCUCUGCAAGGUCACCAACCUCAUCUUCGUGGUCAACUUCUACAGCAGCUCCCUCUUCCUGGCCUGCAUGACCUUGGAGCGCUACCUGUCCCUGACCCGGCCCUCGGCCCCGGCGCUCUUCCCUGUGGUGGGCCGGCGGCGCUGGCUGCUCUGCGGAGGCCUGUGGCUCUUCUCUUUUGUCCUGGCCCUGUUUGAGAACGUCCAUGUGGACCUUCUGGAGUGGGACGAGCCCGGCUGCUACAUGAUGCCCGAGCACAACUACGACGAGUGGUUUGUUUUCGUGCCGGUCGUCUGCUUGCUCUUCCAGUUCAUCGGCCCGGCGGCCGUCAUCAUCACCUGCAACGUGCUGAUCGCCCGGGCGGUGCGAGCGGCUCCGGAGGUUCAAGGCCGGCGGGACGUGUGGCUGGUGCACGUGUACUCGCUGGUCUUCGUCAUGUGCUGGCUGCCCUACCACCUGGUGGUGCUCCUGAUGGUCAUCGACAACCUCGACCCCUGGAUCUUCAACUGCAACGCCAUAGAGGGCCUCUACUUCUCCUUCAGCUUGGUGCAGUGCCUGUCGCUCUUCCACUGCGUGGCCAACCCCAUCCUCUACAACUUCCUCAGCCAGAGCUUCCGCAAAAACCUGAUCAACACGGUGUUGAGCCACAUACCCAAAGAGGUGGAGCAGGUGGGAGCAGGAAACCAGCCCGGGGGUCCUAACGCCGGCGGGGGUCCGGGGGGGCAGCGCAAGCUGAGUAACGUCAGCACGAGCCAGUCUGACGUGGGAUCAUAAGAGAGAAGCUGAGGAUCGAGUCAAGAACUAAACUCAGUCUCUGAAAACCAGAGUUCACUUUCCUCUCGUUAUCCACUUCCUGUGUUUUAAUCAUGUACCUGAUCAGUGUUAAAAAGAUGGAAGCAGGAAAUGUUUGAUGUCUUUUUGUUUUCUUCUCAAAGCUGCUCAUCUCCCACAGGAAAACAUGGCGGCCUCUGAAAUAUGGCGG